CGCUCAGUUGAGUCUAUUUGUAUAAGAAUCAACGAGACCAUUUGCCUCGUGGAGUAUCGUAGCAAGGUCAUCUCCGUGUUGCAAGUGGUUGUUAACAACCAAACUGAAGCGCAUCAUUUUGAAACUUUAAGAAAUUUCAAUCCUUGAUUCUGUAUAUUUUUUAGAAAUUAUUCCUAUUAGAAGUUAUUCAUAUUGGAAAUUAUUCAUCAAAUACUCUGUUACCCAUAUCAUUUCCCAAAUAACUCAAUCUUUGAAAGAUAUUCAGUGAUGUCUUCUGAAGGUGAUCGAUCUCCAGAUAAGAAAGAUCGUGGGUUCCACAAAGUACAAAGUUCAGAACCUAUGCCAAAGUGCCCUUUACAAUUUGACUACGAUGAUGCCUCCUUGAUCACCCCUCGAAGACUAGAGUCUUUUGAAGAAGAAUUAUCGCCAAAGAAUUCAAAUCUUGCCAAUUAUACUAGUACAACUAGUGAAUUUAAUAGAAAUAGCUCACUUACUUCAAAUCAUUCCAAUUCCAGCGUGGAUUCAGUUACUGAUAUUGAUGUAACUAAUUUGAAGCUACCUUCUCAAGGUAAUAACAAAACUUCAUUAUCUGCUCCCGUUACUCCUCUGCCGUUGGCAAGAUGUAAACCUCAGUCUUCCUUGGGUAAUAAUAUCAAUAAAUUUACUAAAAACUAUAUAAUCCCCGCUGCAAAAUGGGCUUAUUCGCCAAUUGCUAAGAAAGAACCAACUGAAUCUAAAUUUUCAAGAAAUGAUGAUUAUUCAAUCGAGUACUCUGUCUUUAAACCAAUUAGGGGGUUACCAACGAUUAAAAAUGCCCAUGAUCUUUUCAAUCAUUGGAAAGUUAUACUAAAUAAUGAACAUGAUAGUCUAGAUCAUACUCUGGUAAAACAUUUGACGCUAAACUAUCCUGAUAAUCAUAUAUCUCCGCAAGAUUUUGACAACUUGAUCGAGUCAAUAAUACAUUCUAUAGAAAUCGAUGAUAUUUCUCCUCAACGUAUAAGUCAAGGAUCUUCUGGUAGUUAUUUCAUUCGAAAUAAAAAGAUUAUUGAAUUUAAUUUAGAGUAUAUAUAUAAGGCUGGUAUCUUCAAACCGAAAGAUGAAGAACCUUAUGGUCCGUUAUCACCUAAAUGGACUAAAUGGUUACAUCGAACAUUCUUCCCAUGCUUUUUCGGCAGAUCUUGUUUGAUUCCGAAUUUGGGUUACGUUAGUGAAACUGCUGCUAGUGUACUCGAUGAAUCUUUGUUAUCAUACAUUGUACCACAUACUGAUAUCGUUUUUUUUAAAUCUUCUGCUUUCUAUUACUCUUAUUGGGACAGACAUUCCAAAUCACUACCUGCAAAAGUUGGGUCUUUUCAAUUGUUCUUAGAUGGAUAUAUCGAUGCACAAUCUUGGUUUAAAAAUAAUCCGGUACCAACAGAUAUAAGUCAUUUACCAGAUAAGUACGAAGUUAAAUUACGACAUGAUGAGGACAUUAAAGAUGAUUAUGAAUUUCAUUGGAGUAAAAGAAGCUUACAACAAUUUCAAGAAGAAUUAGAGAAAUUGGUUAUUUUAGACUACAUAAUGAGAAAUACUGAUAGAGGUUUAGAUAAUUGGAUGAUUAAAGUUGAUUGGAAAAAAAUAAUUGUUGAAACUAAAAAAAAUAAACAUAAUUAUAUUAAAUUAGUACCAGUUAUUAAAAUUGGAGCAAUUGAUUCCGGUUUGGCAUUUCCUUGGAAACAUCCAGAUGAAUGGCGAUCAUUCCCAUUUGGUUGGCUAUUCUUACCACUUUCAAUAAUUGGACAGCCAUUUUCACAUAAAACCCGUAAUCAUUAUCUACCAUUAUUGACAUCUAAAUAUUGGUGGGAAACAACCGUUGUAAAAUUGAAAAAUGUUUUCAAGAAAGAUUCUGAUUUCAAGUCAAGAAUGUGGUUAAAACAAUUGGCUGUAUUAAAGGGUCAAGCAUUCAAUGUUGUUGAAAUUUUAAAGUUAGGUUACGCCGGGCCUUUAGAAUUAACAAGAAGGGAGAAUUUAUUAAUUUGGGAUGAUGAAAUGAACGUUCCUGUUCAUGUUGAUAAUCAUGUAUUGAUCAAUGCUAUGGAAAGUAGCAUAUAUGAUUUGGGUCUACAACCUAGAUACGGAGCUUUUAGUGAUGAAAGAUAUGAGCAGACACCCUUGGUUAAUUCAAGUGGUGGAGGAGGCGAAGAGACCAAUACCAAGAAGGUUAUAAUUGAAAGAUUAGAAAAAGUGAAUGCCAAACCACCAGUUUUUACUUGGUGUUAAAAAAAAUAUAUAAAUAAAUCUAUUUAUGAGAGAUUUUAGCAAAAUGACUAGGAUAAUCAUUACUAUCGAUAUUUUUGAAAUCGGAUUCAUUAAUUUUGACUAAUCCAAUUUCUUCUUUAAUUUUGAAUUGAAUCAUAGUUAAUAGGGAGUAUAAGAUUUUCAAAGUAGGAGCAUCAACC